AGGGGAGGUACGCGCUCUCUUCUCGCGUGACGUGUGAGCUGCCAUCUUGUUUCUGGCCCUGACGGUCUCAGGUCGGGGUUGGGGGGACGCAAAGCCCGCAUUCUGGACCUGCGCUGACCAUGCUAUCCCGAGUGGUGUUUGCUGCCGCGGCCACAGCGGCCCCGUGCCUGAAGAACGCAGCCGUCCUGGGGCCCGGGGUAUUACAGGCAACAAGGGCCUUUCACACAGGGCAGCCAUGUCUCACUCCUGUACCACCUCUUCCUGAAUAUGGAGGAAAAGUACGUCUUGGGCUGAUCCCUGAAGAAUUCUUCCAGUACCUUUAUCCUAAAACUGGUGUGACAGGACCCUACAUGCUUGGAACUGGGCUUAGUUUGUAUUGUCUAUCCAAAGAAAUAUAUGUGAUCACCCCAGAGACCUUCUCCACCAUAGCAGUAGUAGGAUUAAUGGUUUAUGUCAUUAAAAAAUAUGGUGCUUCUAUUGGAGAAUUUAUCGAUAAGCUGAAUGAGCAAAAAAUUGCUCAGCUAGAAGAAGUAAAGCAGGCAAGCAUCAAACAAAUCCAGGAUGCAAUUGAUGGAGAGAAGGCGCAGCAGGCGCUGGUUCAGAAGCGUCACUACCUUUUUGACGUUCAGAGGAAUAACAUUGCCAUGGCCUUGGAGGUCACUUACCGGGAGCGGCUACAUAGAGUAUAUAAGGAGGUGAAGAAUCGCCUGGACUAUCAUAUUUCCAUGCAGGAUAUGAUACGUCGAAAGGAGCAAGAACACAUGAUAGACUGGGUGGAAAAGCAGGUGGUACAGAGCAUCUCUGCACAGCAGGAAAAAGAGACAAUUACCAAGUGCAUCCAAGAUCUGAAGCUACUUGCAAAGAAGGCUCAAGCACAGCCUGUGAUGUAGGUGUAUCUGUCGCAAUUGAGACAUCCAGAAACAGUUAACUAAUGGAAAUUUGUCUGCGAGACAGUUUUUCUGUAUUGCUGUCUAUUGAAAUUAGUGUACCUUUCCUAAGACAUCUUCAAGGUUCAUCUAGUGAAUUAAAUCUCUUGGCCAGUCAGAUAUUUCUGAUCCUUACUCUGUAAUUUGGACUUGGUGCCUGACUAAAAUCACCAAGUUACAGUUUAAAUUUAUAAUUAUACUGUCUUGCAAUAAAGUGAGAAUUGAAACAAU